GAUUGGCCUAAAUGGAAUCUGUAGGCCAUAAUUAUGGAGUUUGGAAUACAAUAUUUAACAGAUAAUAUAAGCGCUGUGAGCACUUUUUUCAACAUAUUUUCACAAUGCUAGUUUUGAAAUUAGUUUUGAGAAGGCUCGGAAGUCCAUUGCACGCCACACGUAAACACUCUUUUCUGGGCAUUUCAAGCGUCCACGCGCAAGCAUUAUACCUAACUUAACUGCUACUGGUUUUAACUUAUCUGGCCAUAAACAUUUCUGAUUAUAAAUUGAAAAUGAAUAAAAAAGAAGGUAUUAUGAAUAUUGAGUUCCCAUCAAAUAAUUUAAAUAUUAACCAUAAAAGUUUAAGUGAAGAAAACUCAUAUGUGACCAUCGACUUAAUAGUAGAACAUGAGCCAACAGUUAAUAACAGUCCUGAAAACUAUAGCCAAGAAAUAAAUGUUGAAGAAGUUUAUAUCGACGAAGUAACUGUUGAAAAAAUUAAUUUAAGAAAAUAAUCGAAAAAACUAAGGACCAAAAACCCAGAAUAUUUUUUUAUAAAUAGCCUUGGAGGUUUUAAAUAUUUAUUUAAAAAAACAUCUGAUCCCAGGAACAAUAGUUCAUCAUAUAAUAAAAUGAAAAACUUUAAUAAUCUUGAUUCAAUGCUGCUAAAAAAUAAAUUAAAUCCCUCUACAUCUGCAGUUGAAUCUAACACAUUGGCAAUUUUUUCAAAGAGGAUUCAUGAGGAGGAAAGUAGUUUUUAUAGUGAAAAAACAAGAAACAUCAAAUGUCAAAGAAAAUUAAAUAAAUCAAAAGAAGAAAGUAACUUUAUUUCAUCAUUUCAAGAUACAGAUGAAAUAGAUGAAAAUCUUAUAAAUAACAGUAAAGGUAUGGAUAAAAACCUUCCUAUAUUUUUACUUGACGACAAUGAUGAUGCAAAAAUCAGCCAACCUAAAAUGUCUAAAAUGUAUAAUAUAAAUACAAUAAAUUAUAUUCAAUCGGAUCAUCAAAAUAUAAUAUUCCCAGGAUACAAUAAAGAAGUUUUCACAGAAUUAUUCGAUUUUAUUUUUAACAAAGCACCAACUGAUAAACUACAUUCUAAUCGUUGUUGUUCUUGUACUAUGAGAGAUUUGAUAAAUGUAUUUUUUCCAAAAUUAUGGAUGCAAGAUAUUUUAAUUGAACAUUAUUUUAAACAUUUGGCCAAAAAUUGUAAAAAUGAAUUAAUAGUGAUCUUUGAUUCAUAUUUUUUUGUUAAUUUUGAAAAGAAUGGGUUUGAAAAAGCUACCAAUUCAAUUAAAGGCCCAACAAAAAAUGUAUUUGAUCGUGAUAAGGUUAUAAUUCCCACACACCUGGAGGGUAAUCAUUGGACCUUCACUAUGGUGAAAAUUAAGAGUCGCUUCAUACAUUUUUACGAUAGCCUAAAAACAAAUGUUUAUGAAUCUGAAAUAUCUUUAUUAGCUGAUUAUUUGGAUAUUGCAUACAAUAAACACAAGAAGCCGGAAGAUGAAGAAAAGAUUCAAUGGACAUUAUAUUGUGAAAAUUCCCCGUUGCAGACUAAUGAUUAUGAUUGUGGUAUAUUUACAUGUACCAAUACCAGAUAUGUUUUACUCAGAAAACUAUUGGAAUACACUCAAGAAUAGCA